AUGAAGACUCACAAGUUCUGUGACUGUCUGUAUAUGUUACAGCUGGUGCGUGACGCCAUCGCUGCAGGUAUCUUCAAUGAUCUGGGCUCUGGAAGCAACAUUGACCUGUGUGUUAUAACGAAGAGCAAGGUGGACUACAUCCGGCCCCACGACGAGGUCAACAAGAAGGGGAUUAGAACUGGUGACUACACGUACAAAAGAGGAACCACUGGUGUUUUGACAAAGGUUGUGACACCAUUGGACCUGGAGCUGAUGGAAGAAUCUGUACAGACUAUGGAUACCUCCUAAAAUACUUGCACAAAGUGCUUCUUGAUUUAACUCGCUACCCCUGAGAAACAACAAAAAUAGCAUGUUUUUCCUUAGUUCACAAUAAAAGUGUUUCAGUUGA